AUGGGGGGUGCCGCUUCCAGCGAAGUGAAGAACGCCAUCGAGGGCAAGUCGGCUGAUGAGAUCGCGGCCGCUCUGAAGGAGCUACCCGCGGACCAGCUGGCAAAGGUCAAGGAGGCGGUGGGCAAAGGUGCUCCUGCAGGCCAGGACUACAAGGGCCUCUUGGAGCAGCCUGCGGAACCAAAGUUCAAGGGAGCUCUGGCGCAAAUCUUCGUCCGCUCGCAGCCUUAUGGAGGAUCUGACAAGAGCAACAAUGGCCACCGCUACGACUCUAUUCCCUUCGCCAAUGGCAUGAUCACUUCCGGCAUGAGCUGCCAGUUGAUUCACUACACGCAUGAAGAGCAUGCUGCAUUCUUCGAGUUGUGCAAGAGCUUCAACUUCAUCAUCGUCCGCUGCAAUCCAGGCCUCAGAU